UAAAACGCCCAGUGCUCCUACGUUCACUGUGUCUCUACAUCUGCCUGUCCGUUCUGGCUACUCUACCUAUGUUCAUUGCUCACAUGGUCACGCGUUGAAGCCCCGCCGAUUAAACUGUUCGACGCGCAUCGCGGGGUCGUUUUCAACCGUGCACCUCUGUCGCGCACAAACAGGCAUCUAUCCGCCCAAGAUGCCGCCCAACGAGCGUGCUGAGAAGCAAGCCGCUGCGCAGCAGGCAGUGGACAUUCUGCAUGAAAUCGCUACUAUUCUGAACUGCCACCUCGACCGGCGCACUCUGUCAAUCUGCAUUUCAAUGAUUGAGAACGGGGUGAAUCCUGAGGCUCUAGCAAACGUCAUCAAAGAGCUGCGCAAGCAUGGCCAGGAAGCGCAGCUCGAGGCUGCGGCGGGGGCCUCAUCGGCGCGACGGAGAUGAAGUCCAAGCCCCGCAGCAUCCUCUUCCCUCACCCUUGCGCCCGUAAGGGGUAGUCGUCGACAGGAAGAAAGGGCAUAGCACACAUCUUCAUCAACAACGGUAUGAAGGAGAGGAAGGGACUAAGCCAGAGGUCCAAUCGAUUGCGUAUCUCGAUACCAGCCACUCUCAACGGACUGUUGAGCGGCACUGCGAGUUUCAUACACAGAGCCAGGCUGGGGUACGGGGUGCUGUUCGGUAAUGGCACCUCAUCGGCCUUCGAAGAUACGGCAGCUUUGAUCUUAGUUGAAGGUCCGGGACCUAUCCGGGACGGACUAGGCUAGGUAACCUACCUACAUGACAUACCAAGCCGAAAUGGGGAUGAUUACCGGUUUUCUACACACCA